GUUCAGAAGCAGCCCCAAGGGACGCAAGGCUCAUUUUGACAGCUCGACGGGACCAGAGAGGCACUCCGGGAGGCUUGGUCCUGCCAGCGGGUCGGGGUUGCUGCUGGCUCCUCCAGGGAGGCUGAACCCGCCAGCCCCUGCAGCCGCCCUCGCCGCCGCCGCCGCCGCCGCCGCCAGGGCCCCUGCGUUAUACUGAGCGAGACGGUGCCGCUGCGACAGGGGAGGACGCGGCUGGAGCUCAAGGAGCUUCAACGCGCAGGCGCCGGAGAGCCCUUGCCUGGAAGCUCAGUCCAGGCACUAAGGCAGGAAAAAAAAAAAACCCAGCAAUUUAUAGAAAGAAGAAGCGAUAGUCUGUCGGGAUAUCCAACACCAACAGAUAUUCUGAUGGCAAAUCAAAUGGAAGAAAAGAGGAAACAUGACUGCAGCUGGAAUCCAUUCUUUUUGUGGAUUACAUUUUCUGUAAAAUGUAUGGAUAUAUCUUUCCCUUGUUCUUAUAUCUAGAUCAUGAGACUUGACUGAGACUGUCUCUUUAUCCUCCAUCUAUCUAUGGCGAACUAUAGCCAUGCAGCUGACAACAUUUUGCAAAAUCUUUCUCCUCUAACAGCCUUUCUGAAACUGACUUCCUUGGGUUUCAUAAUAGGAGUCAGCGUGGUGGGCAACCUUCUGAUCUCCAUUUUGCUAGUGAAAGAUAAGACCUUGCAUAGAGCACCUUACUACUUCCUGUUGGAUCUUUGCUGUUCAGAUAUCCUCAGAUCUGCAAUUUGUUUCCCAUUUGUAUUCAACUCUGUCAAAAAUGGCUCCACCUGGACUUACGGGACUCUGACUUGCAAAGUGAUUGCCUUUCUGGGGGUUUUGUCCUGUUUCCACACUGCUUUCAUGCUCUUCUGCAUCAGUGUCACCAGAUACUUAGCUAUCGCCCAUCACCGUUUCUAUACAAAGAGGCUGACCUUUUGGACGUGUCUGGCUGUGAUCUGCAUGGUGUGGACUCUGUCUGUGGCCAUGGCGUUCCCCCCAGUUUUAGAUGUGGGCACUUACUCAUUCAUUAGGGAGGAAGAUCAAUGCACCUUCCAACACCGCUCCUUCAGGGCUAAUGAUUCCUUAGGAUUUAUGCUGCUCCUUGCUCUCAUCCUCCUAGCUACACAGCUUGUCUACCUCAAGCUGAUAUUUUUUGUCCAUGAUCGAAGGAAAAUGAAGCCAGUCCAGUUUGUAGCAGCAGUCAGCCAGAACUGGACUUUUCAUGGCCCUGGAGCCAGUGGGCAGGCAGCUGCAAAUUGGCUAGCGGGAUUUGGAAGGGGUCCCACACCACCCACCUUGCUGGGCAUCCGGCAAAAUGCAAACACCACUGGCAGAAGAAGGCUUUUGGUCUUAGAUGAGUUCAAAAUGGAGAAAAGAAUCAGCAGAAUGUUCUAUAUAAUGACUUUUCUCUUCCUAACCUUGUGGGGCCCCUAUUUGGUGGCCUGUUAUUGGAGAGUCUUUGCAAGAGGGCCUGUCGUACCAGGGGGAUUUCUAACAGCCGCUGUCUGGAUGAGUUUUGCUCAAGCAGGAAUCAAUCCUUUUGUCUGCAUUUUUUCCAACAGGGAGCUGAGGCGCUGUUUCAGCACAACCCUUCUCUACUGCAGAAAAUCCAGGUUACCAAGGGAACCUUACUGUGUUAUAUGAAGGAGCAUCUGUAAAUCUUUAGCCUUGUGAAACACUAACCUUCUCUGCUAAGUAUUGGUGGCCUGUAGCCAUAUCGUGAGAAGAAAUUAAAAAUGGAAUCAGCAGUUAUAAGGAUUUGGGCAACAUUCUGCAGUCUUUGCAAUAGUUCACCUAUAAUCCUAUUUUAAAUCUCAGAGUGAUCCUGCUGACUGCUCAUGAAGGUUUGUAAUUAAGAAAGGACUGGACCACUGCCCUAAGUUUCUUUAUGUGGUUGAAAACUAGAUAAUGAAAGUAGCAGGUGCUAAGUAUCAGUGCUAAAUGCUGUGUAUAUCACUACAUAUGAAAAAAACAUUAAAAAAUUAGCAAUGGACAUCUUAAUAAAUUAAGUUGACAUGAGGUAAAUGUGUUGAUAACAAGUAAUUUUAGGGGUUUAAAGACUUUAAAACAUUUCAUACUCUUAUUGUUUUUGCAAAGACUAAAAUAUUUGGGGACAUAAAGUACUGUAAGCCACAAAAGAUGUGCCAUGAAUUACCGGAUUAUUACACUUUAAAAAAAAUCACCUUGUAAGUUUUGGGGAGCAUUCCAAAACAGUGUAUUGGUUCCAAUUAGUUUACUUUUUUGUAUUAAUACACUACUAUUUCUAAGUACCACUUUCCUUACCUACUAGUGAAAUUGCUAGCAUUGAACUGUAUUAUGUGGUUUUUGUUGAUUUGGUAUAAAGUUUUUCCAAUUGCUUUCUAUUUUAUGAAUGCUAGAUAUUGGUCUGGGAGGCAACAUUAAUGGUACCAACCCAUCACAAUUGAGCAACUUUAAUAAUGCAGAAUAAACACAUGUUGCCUUAAAGGGUUAUCUAGUAUCAUUCAUCUGAUUUAGCAUUGGAACAAAUAGUCAAAGGAAAUCAAAAUUGGUCAUAGAUUCCAGUAAAUUCCAGCAAAGAUUUCAGUCAUGCAUCUGGAAGUGCAUGGACGAUCAUUCAAUAUUUUUUUCUUUUUCUUCCCAUGGUUUGAAAAUGAAGGUGCACACCACUAGGAUGAUGAGAUUUUUCUUCUGAGGUGUGCUAUCCAUUCUAGUGUAUUAUGAGAAUCAGGCAGUUGAUGUAUGUUCAUAUUUUAAGUCAGCUGUCAGGGAGAGACCACAGCCUUAGUAUGACAUCCUGCACAAUUUGUGAAGCAUUUACUCUACUGAAGGCACAGUCUUGUUGAUACUUUCUGCACAUUCAGUGUAUUGGUCGUUUAAAUUAUUUCAGUUUUAACUCGUGAAAGCUUAUUCUAUGAUUUCUGGUAUUUUAGAAAUACAUUAGAGUCUGUGAGUCUCAUUCUUUAAAAUACAGAUGUGUGAAUUUCAAUAUAAAGUUGCAUUUGCCAAAAUUUAA